AUGGUUUUGGCUAAAGUCUCAUUCUUUCUCCUUAUAAUUCUAUUUCUCAUCAAUGGAUCUUCCUCCACCACCUUCACCGUCGUUAACCAAUGUAGCUACACCGUCUGGCCGGGACUUCUCUCCGGUGCCGGCACAGCUCAGUUACCAACCACAGGUUUCUCCCUAAACUCGUCUGAGGCACGUGUCAUCUCCAUGCCCGCCUCUUGGUCCGGCCGCAUAUGGGGUCGAACGCUCUGCAACCAAAACGCCACCACCGGGAAAUUCACUUGCGUCACCGGCGACUGCGGUUCAUCUAAAAUCGAAUGCUCCGGCGCCGGAGGCAUCCCUCCUGCUACACUAGCCGAAUUCACACUCAACGGCGCCGGUAAUCUCGAUUUUUACGACGUGAGCCUCGUGGACGGUUACAACGUCCCAAUGACGAUCGUCCCUCACGGCGGAGCAGCUGGUGUGGGUAACUGCAAGGCCACGGGUUGCGCGGUGGAUCUCAACAGCUUGUGUCCGGAAAAGCUUAAAGUAACGGUUGAAACCGCGGCUGGAGUUGCGGUGGCGUGCAAGAGCGCUUGCGAAGCGUUUGGAACGCCGGAGUAUUGCUGUAGCGGCGCGUUUGCAACGCCGAACACGUGUAGGCCGAGUGAGUACUCUGGUCUCUUCAAAAAAGCUUGCCCGACGGCUUAUAGCUACGCUUAUGACGAUGGCACAAGCACCUUUACUUGCUCCGGCGCAGAUUACCUCAUCACUUUCUGUCCUGCUCCUUCUCCAAGUUUGAGAGGCAUAUAG